UUUCUACAUUGAAUCCGAUCAGUUGGUUAGGUUACGCUAUUGCAAUAAGAUCGUGUCGUAGCUACUUUCGAGCGCGACCAGUGUUUUUAUCUCUCGUACUUAAUACAAAUAAAAAAGAAAUAAUAAUAACUCAGUACACAAUUUAUUUAUCAAUAAAGCGAUUUGAUUUGUUCUUAUUCACUAUUUAUGUACAUACCCCGAAAUUAUACUCAUAAAUGUGUUUUGUAUAAUAAUAUUUUUCUAUUAUUUAUUCGUUGAUAUCUUUUUUGAUAGUUAAAUUAUCUCGAUAGUGCGGUACGGGGUGAAUGUGAUAUUUUGAUUAAACUCUUGCACACAUAUCCGGCGGCAACAACUACAUACUGAUAAUGAUAAGAUACCUAUGCUCUUAUGAAUUUAUGUGUCAAUGCUUCAUCGUAAACUAAGUGAAUCAAAUAAAACCACCUUUGAGGUUAUUCGUUAUUAUUAUAUUUAAACAAAUAAAUGGAAAAGUUCAGUGAAAAAUAACCAUACUGCCGCAUUGUGUUAUUGUGAUACCCUCUAUAAAAAAAAACGCCUACAAAAAAUCUCUACAUAUAUAAACAUUGAAGUUAUAUUACAAAAAAAAAAAAAUAGAUUAAAAAAACAAGAUCAUUCAUAAAGGUUGGAGCCCGAGCCGUCUGUCGAUCACCUCGUCUCCCAAUUCACAAUAUACCGUCAAUAUUAUCAAGCCUUCCCCCCACACACACUAGCAAAUAUGUAAAUACACUGAACGUGAUCGCGCUUUGGAUAUCAAACACGAUAUGUCAAAUGAGAAAUGACAUGCGCCAUCGAUAGAGUAGUUGUUUUCGGUGGAUUGUUUAUUAAAGGUUCUCUAAUAUUCAGUGUCACCUUUUGGUCAACUUAAAGGCCACUUCCAAGCCAACAACCACUGCAACAACCAGCAUAGUGGUUAGCUAAACAACAGCAACGGGAAGCCCCAACCGAACGUGUUGGUUGGGUAGGUCAAAUUAAAUGACAAUUUGCCAAAAAAAAAAGAAAAUUAAAACAAAUUAAAUAACAAAACAUUGAACAACAAAAUAGAAUAAAACACGCGAAAUAUAAAUGAAAACAAACGAAACAAAAAUAAAAAACCCCGUGAAGCAGAAGUAGAAUUAAAAAGUAAAGUGUUUGGUCGUCUCUGGUUAUCACUGUAUUCUCAACUACACUUUACCAAACUGACCCCUCCUAAAACUCAAACACCCCUAGAGUUAGUCUCCGCUAAGUGACUAUCUGACAGAUAUUCGCUCGCUCUGUGUCCGUUCCGACAGACAUGCAUAAUAAACGUUGCCGUCCGUUUAUCCGUCGUCGUCACCGCCGCCGUUUACUCGAAUAGCCGCUCAUCGUAGUCGUACUCGUCGUCGUCGUGGUCACUCUACAGUUGUGUACGAAAGCACUAUAUCAUCUCUCAUACAUACACACAGAAAAGACUAUCUGUAUCGCGUAGACGAAGCACCGAAGGAAGGGGAAACAAUCUUGAACUCUGACCGAUGACCCGGGUUGAACCCUUUUUCUUUAGUGCAUUUUAAUGUCAAUGUAAAUGAAAUAUUUUUGUUGUUGUGUUAUUCUCUGUUUCUUUCUUAUUUUUUUAUUUUGAUGAAGCUUAAGUCUGUGUGUGUUUGUUAAAAGGGGCACACAAUAACAUUGUAACUGUAGGUGGAACUAUCAGUCGAUUAAGGUUCCACAAGUCACCAACAAUUCUACGGGUUUCGGUGUCGCUGUCGCCGUAUCGGUCGGUUGCCAUAAUGUUUAGUAUAAGCAUUUUGUCAAGUGACACAAAAUCAGCCUUCGAUUUCAAUCGGAAUUCGAAUGAUAUUUUUAAAUCAUAUUGAAAAGUCGUUUGAUUUAAUCGUAACUUUAAUUUGAGAAACUAUCCUAUUUAAACGUGCGUUUUUAAAGUGCUGUCUGUAGGUAGUAGAUACAAAAGCUACCACAGCUCAAGUGACCAGACGUUUGAAAACAAAUAUUUCCUUCUUAUUGUUGAAUGAGUGAUAAGCUUUGCUAAGAAUACAUAAUUGCGAUAAAGUUAUUGAAACAAAAUACAAAAAAGAAGUGAAAAUGUGCUACUUAGUGAGUGCCAAUGGUGGACAAUGAAGGAAAUUGAUACUGAGGCUCCAGUUGUAUGGCCCGCAUGGUGUUAUUCAGAUAAUAUCACAACUGACGUACUCGGACAAUCUUCUAGAGUUUUAAGAACAUCGUCAUCAUCGCCUUCUUCUCCAUCUUUAUCGUCUUCAUCUUUGCCAGAAAUAAUACCAUCAGUUUUGUCACAUAAACCUGCUGCAGCUACUUCAGAUUCAACUGCGGAUUUGAGUAGCAUUGUCGCUGUGACUAAAAAAUUGCGAACCAAACGAAAAAGCAACUUGAUAAACAGUGUGGAUGACAGUAUCAUUGGACAAAAUCAUCAAAUAGCUAAAAGAAAAAAAGAGCCAAGGAAUUUGUCGCUUCCUCUUGUAUCUGGUCAAAAACAACAACAAAAUUUAGUAUCGUCAUCUGAAAUUUUUCAGGGUCAGCAUAACAAGCCCGAGAAGAUGCUUAGCGAUCGAAUGCUGCUGAGCGGAUACAACGCAAUCGAAAAUAGUAAAAAACUUUGUGAUAGUUCUUCGUCUGCUUAUUUAUUUUUGGAGAAAGUGAAGAAUGAAACUCAAAUGGAGUCCUUGAAGGACAGUGAAUUGGCAAAUAAUAAUAAUGUGAACAGUAGUAACAACAAUAGUAACCCCAGUAACACUAAUAAUAAUAAUAAUAGCGUAGCCAAUAAUAAUUCAUCUGGUAAUUGUAGUACAAAUAAUCCAAGCAGCGUGAUCAGCAAUAAUAACAGUAAUAGCAAUUCAAACACUAGUAACAAUAGCGUAAAGAGGGAAAGACUUAGUCCGGGUACCAAUGGCGAUGCUCAGUUUUCGUUAUCAAGAUCCCGAAGUGCGACUCCAUCGUCCUUUCGAGGUACACCACCUCAAACGACGCACCCUAACAACGACUUACAACUGCACAAUCUUUCAACGAAUUUACUUUCACAAAUUCAAAAUCGAAGUUCAGAUUUUUCAACGAGAAACUACUCCGAUUUUAUGCGUAGUUUAGCUGCAAAGUACAAUAAUAAUAAUCCAAAUGAUUCUGGCACAUCACGACGGAGUACUUUUUUUGAAAAUAGCAAAAUUAGUCAACCCAUUAAGUCUUCCACAAAUAGCAAUACCAACAAUGGCAGCGGCCUUAAGGAACAAGCUUCACCUUCAGAGUCAGUUAAGUCAACGCAAAAUAUACAAAAUCUGACGACAAGUGCCUCAAGCGUACCUCCAUUUGUACAAACUUUCCUUUCAAGUCUUCCUUUUUCUCCCGGAGUUUUCCCCCCUUUGAUUGAUAUGAGUAGCACGCAGGCGUUAGUUACUUUAGCUCGAGCGGCAAAAGAAGCUGAAAUUAAAAACAUUCUUAUGUCGGCACAAAAAAGAACUUCUUUAUCAAAUAAUACAGCAUCAAGUUCACCUGGCCCAAAUCUAACUGCUGCCUUGCAGCAGGCUGCACAGUUUGCAUCUCCUGCACUACUUUAUUCAGCACAGUUGCAACAGCAACAACAACAAACACGAAAUAGACAAUCUAGUCCAAAUCAAGAAACAUCUGCUAAUAGUUCAGGAGAGAAACAUAUGACUGCAUCACCGUUAGAUCUAAGUUCGGCACCACCAACAAAACGUUUUAAGGCUGAGUCAACCUCUAGUGGAGGUUCAGACAAGAGUCCGGAUCCAGAUAAUGUGCCAGGGACCAGUGGAGGAGGUGCUGUGGCGACUCCUACAAGUUCACCAAAAGUCAAGGCAACAGAUACUAUUGUCACAAGUGAAGCAUCUGUUACAGCUGCUGUAACAACAUCUACGCCAGUGCUUCCACUUCGGCAGUGUCAGGCGCAAAGUGAUGAAGUCAAUGCUUGGAGUGUUGAAAAUGUGUGUUCGUUUGUAGGCAGCAUAGAUAUUUGUUCGAUGUAUGUAAAGAACUUCCGAGAACAAUGCAUCGAUGGGUCUGGCCUGCCUCUACUCACGGAGGAUCACCUUAUAAACCAAUUGGGUAUGAGACUUGGACCUGCACUCAAACUUAAAUCAAUGCUAGCUAAGAAAUUAGGUGGACCUUGUCCAUGUGUAUCGUGUUCGUCGCAGGCGCAACUUUUGGCUGCAGCACAAGCAGCAGCCGUAACGGUAGCAACAUCUUCCACAUCAGCAAUAUCGACGCCUUCCAGUGGAAUAACAGGUCAAAAUCAGAAUCACCCGCAACAAAAUCAGCAGGCACAACAAAUUAGUGCGAGAAAUUCAACCACUUGCACUAGCAACAUAAGUCAAACGACAACGGGCACGGGGGCCUCGAGUUGUUGUGGUAGCGUUCCGAGACCAAAUAGUGCGGAUUCUGGAAGUUAGUUUGUGUGCCUGUUAAUGUGUAUAUAUUUUAAAUUUGUAAAUUUGAAUACCUAUAUUUUUAGAUAUUUGAUAUAGUGAAAAUGUUUGAAUGUAGGUAUGACAAGCGUCUUUGAAUUAGGGAUGUUUAGGAUAAGAAAAUGUAAAAAAAUUAUUAACUGUAUAUUUUUUAUGUGAACAAAUCUAGGUCUUCCAUGAAGUUGUUGUCGUUGACAAUUGUAGAAAAAAAAUAUUCAAAUUUUAUAAUCCUUAAUUUUGUUUAAAAAUGGCUAAAUUAUAUUUAUGUACCUAUAUACCUAUUGUCUUAAUAUCGAUACCUUCCCAUAAAUAUUUACUAAAACAUGAAAUAAGAACAUUGAAAAUUUUUAAAAAUUUUUAGUACACUACAUAAAUGUAAAAUUUUAAAAAUUAAAUUUUAUUUCAUAAAACAGCUUAAUUUAAAAACCGAAGUUUUUGGCUGUACAAAAAGUUAUAACAUCUUAUUGUUGAUUUAAAAUUUGUGUUUUCCAAAAUAAUUUCAAUUUUUUAGAAAAGUGCCCCUCCUAGCUAAACAGGGGCGAAUAAACUCCAAAUCUUAUACGAUUUUUUUCUCCUCUUAGCCCAAUUUACACGCACUCCAUAUCCUAGAUAUAUUUUUAGAGCUCCUACCUCUUGCGAGGAAUCAAACUCAUCAAGAAAUUGUAUGUCCUUCUAUUUUUGAAAAUUAUGUGUUUAAAAGAACAAUCUUACUUGUCAUUUUUUAUGCUUAAAAAAAAAAUACUUUUAAAAAUUUUACUUGCGACAUGCUAAUUUUUUUUACUUUCUUUUCACUAUUUUGAAGCUACCUUUACUUGCUAAGCUUAUAGUCUACUGAAAAAAAAACAUGAUGAUUAAGAACUUAAUUGUUUAAUUGGCAAAAAAAUAGCAAAAUAUUCAUCGCUUUUUUAUUAAAUGAUAUUGAAAAAUAGGAUGUUUUACAUAAUUUGUGAGCGUAAUAAAUGUUUGAUAUAUGGCUUUUUGAUAUUUUGAUAAAAAUAAUAAUAAUUUUUAAUAAAAUCGAAAAUCUUAAAAAAAAAA